AUUUACCAUCCAAUCCAACAACAAUGCUGCUUCGAAGCUCGAUAUUCCUCGCGGCGACGGCCAGCUCGGCGUAUGCUCUGCGCGAUGCCAGUCCCUUUCUGCUGCUGAGCACGGAAUACCUCGAUCAGACAUCUCUCCGAAGCGAGCAACUAUCCACCUCCACACACAUCGAAGGCGGACUCGAGCCUACCCUGUCGCUAUGCGGAUCGAGCGUAUACGUAUUCGUGGAGCAGCCGGGCGUUCAUGGCGCAGAUUUACAAUCCGACACAAUGCCCAAACUGUCGCGAAGGGUGGCGAAAGACCAAUACAGAAGUGUCGUACAGAUUCCUGAAGUCGUGGGCCAGGUCGACGCGGAAAGAGUCGCUGCGGCAGUCAGCAGACAAUGUGGCGCACAGAGAUUGAGUCUCGAGGAGUUCACAUCGUCCACCUCGAAGCCCACGCCAGCAGUCAUCGGACCUCUGGUCCAGACAGCUCCUCGAGGCGCCCAUCGAUUGAGGGCAGAAAGCCUAAAGCAAUUAGAUAGCGACCUCGACGCACACCUGCAUAGCAUUCUCUCCAACCACACCGCGCACACAAUUAUAUUCAUUGGCGUGCCAGCUUCAGGCGAGUCGUCCAAUCUGGACUACGAGAGUGAAAACACGCCUCCAGGACACAACAGCAUGCACACCGAUCUGAAGAGAGAUGUGGACCACGGCUUCAAGAGGGCGGAGCAGAGCAACAGCACGAACCCUCAAGAGAAGCUGGCCCUGUUUGAAAAGUAUCAAUUCUUGUCGCCGGGCAUAUUUAUGGGUCUGGUCACAGUUCUGCUUCUCUUGUCGAUUCUCUAUGUUGGUGUGAGCGCCAUUGCAGGUCUGGAAGUCUCGUACAUGUCUUUCAGCAAAGAGAUGGGUCCCAAUGCGCAGAAGAAGCAACAAUAAUAACGUGAUUUGCCGGCCAUUACAGAUAAGGCUGCUUGGCGAGUCGUGAGAGAAAGAGAGAGAGACUGUACGAUCGUAUGUAUACUGAGAUACCUUGAUGGACUCUUGUUUGAAAACCCCGUGUCCACUUUUUCUCGAUUGAGACCAGAUUUCUUUUUUGAUCUUGAUUAUUCAUCUCGAAUUACGCCACACUAAGGAGGUACAUGUACUUUUGAUAUCAUAGUCAC